UCCAAAAUUGGCCCACAAAAAUCAAACUGCAGGUAUCACAGGUUAUCAUCGCUACCUCUCAGCCUUCAGACCUAACUCUGGGGACCCUCAGACUUGAGAAGAGCUCACAGUGAUUAAAGCCAAGUCCUUACACUCAACAGGUGGAGGAGAUAAACGUGGGUAAGGUCCCGCGGCUGAAGCUGCCCUGCGCACCAGUCAGAAUGCGCCUGAGAAAUCCUGGGAAUUAGAAAAAAGCGGAGGAAACGAGAAGCGAGCAGGCAUCCGUGCGUUCUCAAAAAUAAAACUGGGUGGUCGUUUAUUAUCUGUCUGUGUGCCGUGGAGCCUCGGCUCAGUCCCCAGACACGUAAGUCAACGUCGCUCCGCCCCGCCAUCCCUUCCUCAGCUCCGGAGGGUCCCUUUGCCCCGGGCAGCUGAACGCAGGAAAUGCCAGCGGCGGGAGCCCCUUGGUCACCUGGGCGGAGAGCAGUUAUGAAGAAGCACUUCUGACUGGCGACUCUGGGUUAGCUACGCUGCAGCUGUCCAGGCGCCUCCAGGUCUCUCUUGAGAGCAGUACUCCCGAGCGGUAAGCCAGAGAGGUCAAGCCAUUCGCCCACCUGGGGAGCAGAGAACCCUUCCUCACUCAGCUGUGGGUACAUUUCUUGGGAAGAUUUUCAGUCUUUUCCUAUGUCAGGAGAGGAUUCAGGACGACGGCAGAAGAGCUCAGGAUGAAGCCGAAAGGCAGGGGAAACACCAGCUUAUUGCUCUCCUUCACUGCAUUCUGCCUGAUAGCCCUGCCUGGGGGCAGGGCCUGUCCUCGCCGCUGUGCCUGUUACGUGCCUACAGAGGUGCACUGCACGUUUCGGUACCUCACCUCCAUCCCAGAGAGCAUCCCACCCAACGUGGAACGUAUCAAUUUAGGGUACAACAGCUUGGUUAGAUUAACAGAAGCAGAUUUUUCUGGCCUGAACAAGUUGGAGUUACUAAUGCUACACAGCAAUGGCAUUCACACAAUCCCUGCUAAGACCUUCUCAGAUUUGCAAGCCUUGCAGGUCUUAAAAAUGAGCUAUAACAAAGUUCGAAAACUUCAGAAGGACACUUUUUAUGGCCUCAGGAGCUUGACACGGUUGCAUAUGGACCACAACAACAUUGAGUUUAUAAACCCAGAGGUUUUUUAUGGACUCACCUCUCUCCGACUGGUGCACUUGGAAGGGAACCACCUCACUAAGCUUCACCCGGAUACAUUUGUCUCCUUGCGCUACCUCCAGAUAUUUAAAACAUCUUUCAUUAAGUACCUAUACUUGUCUGAUAACUUUCUGAGCUCCAUCCCUCAAGAGAUGGUCACCUACAUGUCUGAUCUGGAAAGCCUUUAUCUUCAUGGGAAUCCUUGGAUCUGCGACUGUCAACUGAAAUGGCUGUCUGACUGGUUACGGGAGAAGCCAGAUAUCAUAAAAUGCAAAAAGGACAGAAGUCCCUCCAGUCCUCAGCAGUGUCCGCUUUGCAUGAACCCCAGGACCUCUAAAGGCAAGCCCUUAGUUAUGGUCCCAGCUGCAGCUUUCCUGUGUGCCAAACCCACCAUUGACCCCUCUCUGAAGCUGAAGAACCUGACUGUUCUGGAAGACAGUGGUUCUAUGUCGAUCUCUCCCCAAGAGUUCAUGGCUCCCUUCGGCUCUCUGACUUUGAAUGUAACAGACCAGACUGGAAAUGAAGCUAACAUGAUCUGCAGUAUCCAAAAGCCAGCAAUGACCUCAUCCAUUGCAUUCACUGCAGAAAAUGACUACAUCAUGCUAAAUGCUUCGUUUUCAACAUUCCUGGUGUGUGACAUAGAUUACAGCCACAUUCAGCCAGUGUGGCAGGUUCUAGCUUUGUACAGUGACUCUCCUCUGAUCUUAGAAAGGAGUCACUUGUUCACUGAAACCCCACAACUCUGCUACAAAUAUAAACAGGUGGUACUGAAGCCUGAAGACAUCUUUACCAACAUUGAGGCUGGUCUCAGAGCAGAUCCCCCGUGGUUAAUGCAAGACCGAAUUUCCUUGCAACUAAACAGAACUGCCACCACCCUCAGUACACUGCAGAUCCAGUACUCCAGUGAUGUCCAAGUCACUUUACCAAGGUCAGAGAUAAAGCCAGAGACACACAGAUGGACCAUGAUUUCCAAAGAUAACAGUACUAAGCUGGAACGCACUGUUUUGGUCGGUGGGACCGUUGACCUAGACUGCCCUGGCCAAGGAGAGCCUCCCCCACAUCUGGAGUGGCUUCUAGCUGAUGGAAGUAAAGUGAGAGCCCCUUAUGUGAGUGAGGACGGACGAAUCCUGAUAGGCAAAAGUGGAAAACUGGGACUCCAGAUGGCUGAUAGUUCUGACACUGGCCUAUACCACUGCAUAAGCACUAACUACGAUGAUGCAGAUAUCCUCACAUACAGGAUUACCGUGGUAGAGCCCAAUGUAGAAGCCUAUCGGGAAAAUGGAGCUCGUCAUAUAGCUUCUGUUGGUGAAACACUUGACCUUCCUUGCCAUUCUACCGGUAUCCCAGAUGCCUCUGUUAGCUGGGUUCUCCCAGGAAACACUGUGCUUCAACAGUCCUCAAGAGAUAAGCAAAUUCUCAACAAUGGCACAUUAAGACUAUUACAGGUCGCUCAAAAAGACCAGGGUCACUAUCACUGUGUAGCAGCCAACCCAGUAGGGGUCGAUAUUUUAGUUAACCAAGUUUUAGUCAAAGUAAAAGGGCGAAAGUCAGCAGAGCAUAAUGUAGAAACAGAUGGAUCAGGGUUUGAUGAGCCCAAUUCCAUGGGUCAGCUUCAGGAUCCACCAGCUACACAUCUCCCCACAUCUCCUGCCGUGGGGGCUGAGGCUGGAACACAUGUCUUGAGCCCAAGUAAGAAUCCCAAACAGCGGGUAUUAAUAUCCCAAAGGCGUGGAGAGUCAACCAGCUGGCGUUACAGGGAGCACAGGAGGCAAUUCCCUCCCUCUGCCCGGAGAAUUGACCCACGGCACUGGGCAGCGCUUUUGGAGAAAGCUAAAAAGACUGUUAGGCCAGAAAAGCAAGAAAGUACCACAGGAAAGCCGCCUCCACCAGUCACCCAACCCCUGGAUAUACCUGGUGAGGAAGCAGACUCAUCAGGCAUGCUCCCUCCAGAUGAGCAACUUACGGUCCCAACAACUAAAGCUGCAGACGUUCUGACAAGGACAGUGACUGCAGAUUCCAGAAAAUCACCUGACAGCCCUGUGACAAGUAAAACUGAUGGCACCCCAGUCUCCCCAGUUGUGAGUCCACAGACCCUAUCAUCUGAAAAACCAAGAGAUUUCAGACCAUCUGCUACUAUUAAAACUCAAGUCACGCCAAAGAAUAUAAACCCAACUGCAUCAAGUGAAAUGGAAGACACAACCAACCCAAAUUUACCUAAUGUGUUUCCUCUACUAACUGAAGCAACUCUGUUUCAGGAUGCUGACAACAUGGAGAGUAAAAAAGAGCCCUUGCAAACUGCAUCCCCAGUAACAGUGGGGGCUACUGCGAUCAAAGAUACCCAUAUCCAAACGCUGAGUAAUGCUGUGGGCAAAGCUGGUAUAUUUUUAGGGUCAGUAAAUGCCACAGAUAGUUAUCAGAGAUCUGUAACAGGAGUUGGUGAACCCAGGAGCCAUCACUCUCCUUCUCAAAGUACUCACAAACCUAGCCCCACUAAGCUCCGUUCAGGCCCACACACUGCUGCUCCUUCUCAGUUACACAUUCCUAGAAAGAGUACAAUGAACAGUCCACUGUCCAGGCGCUUUGGAAGAUGGCGAAAAGUUUGGAGCAGGGGGCGAAUUAUCAGCCCAUAUAGGACACCAGUUCUCCGACAGCAUAGAUUCAGCGUUGUAAGGCCCACGUUCAGAGGCUCUUCAGAAGAAAGCACCACUGCACUUCCAGCCCCAGAGCUCAGUGCAGUGUGCCCAUCCUGUUCUCCCAGAGAAAGGCUCACCACUGAUGAGGCAGCGUUGUCUUCUCCAAGCUUAUCCCCCAUCACCCUCCCCAACACUGAAAUUGCCAGCAUCACAGUAGAAGAACCUACAACUCUAGUUCACAACUCAUCAUUACUGCUUGAGAACAAACCGAAUGCAGAUGCUGAGAAGACCACCCCUAUGAUAAGAUACUUCAGUGCUGAAAGUGCCCAAGUGACUCCAGCUACUGCAGUUACGACUCAUGCAACAAAUAUUAGUUACCCAAGUGGGUCUAAAGCCAGUGAAACCACCAGAUACUCUGUGAUCGUAUCCCCACUGCCAGGUCCCACCAUCAAGUCACCUGUGCCUACCACUCUAGCUAUUAGAUUUUCAAGAAGGAAAAUCCCCUGGCAUCAGAUCUUUGUAAAUAACCACAUCCAAAGAGAAAAGCUAAAGAAUCAGCAUAAAUUUGGUUCACAAAGCAGCACAGACACAGUGCUUCCUAAAAUAUCUCCUGCUUUGCCCACAGAUAAAGUUUCUCCCUUCCAUUUCAAAACACUCUCAGCUAGUGUAAUGAAAAUCCCAUCCAUAACACCAGCCACAACUCACCUCAGUAACACACACAGCCUUGUAAGUCUCCCAACAAUGAAGGAGCUGCCCUCCCUACCCAUUUACCCUACGCCUCCUAGUAGCUCAAGCAAAGAAUCAAGUGCAAAUUCCGUAUCAAGGCAAACAGACAUGCUGACGACCACGCCUACUGCCCCUGCAUCUAUCAUUAUCAACAAAGCCCAGAUAGACAGACCCAGGGCACGAAAAGAACAAAGGAAAAAGGAGCCUCAGAAGACGAUGAGGGACCCAAAUACCUCUCCCACCCAGACUUCUGGCUUCAUUACAUCCACCACUGUGACAUCUCCUGUUCCAACAGCAGCUGAAACUUCAACCAAGCCCAGUGUGUCUGCUUUCACUCAUUCUCCUCUAGAGAGCACAAAAGAAAUUUCAAGCACAGUUGGUCUUCAUCCAGGAGCCUUUAAUCUGACAGCUGUACUUGGACAACCAUCCCAGGAGGGUACCCAGGCUUUGAAGAAUAUAACUGCUUCUGAAACCACUUUGUCCAGCAAACUACAGAGUACCCCUACUAGGAACACAAUCAGACACUCAACCAUGCCAACCUUCCUAAGCUCCAGUGCCACUCCAAUGCCAAUUCCCACCUCCCCUCCCUUGAGUAAUCAAAGUGAGGUUACUGACAAUAUGGCCAUGCCCACUUUCAGGAUGAUGACAAGUACAAUGGUUGAGGCACAUGAAUCCCCAAAGCACAAUGCUACUCCACAGCAACUGGCAGUAGCAUCUCCCCAAACUCACCCAAAUGCCAAAUUUGCAGUUGGAACCAUUCACUUUACCUACUCUAAUCUGUUACCUUCUACUCCUAUGCCAGCACUAAUAACAGUUAAACCACAGGAUUCUAAGCAUACUCACUCUCCCUGGUCAGAAAACCACUUUUGGCACAAGUCACACCCAGAAAUUGCUGAAAAAGGCCAAAAGCCAGUAGUAGUGAGUGUACUGCCCACUCCAGGCCUGCCAGAGGUCACCACUCAUGCUUCAAACUGGGAUAUACAGAAGAAUGCAAAGAAAAGUGGCUUUGAUAAAACAGCAGUUCAAAAAAUAACAACUUCCGAAUUCCUCCCCUUUGAUGCUUUAUCUAGGGAUGUAUUUGAAAGGCCCAGAAUAAUCGGAGGAAAAGCAGCAAGUUUUACUGUUCCAGCUAACUCAGAUGCCUUUCUUCCUUGUGAGGCUGCUGGAAAUCCCGUGCCCACUAUCCACUGGACCAGAGUCUCGUCAGGACUUGAUUUAUCUAAGAGGAAACUGAAUAGCAGGUUCCAGGUGCUCUCCAAUGGCACCCUGUCCAUACAGAGGGUGGACAUUCAGGACCGUGGACAGUACCUGUGCUCGGCAUCCAAUCCAUUCGGCACAGACCACCUUCAUGUCACCUUGUCCGUGGUUUCCUAUCCCCCCCGGAUCAUGGAGAGACAUACUAAGGAGAUCACAGUCCAUUCUGGAAGCACAGUCAAGUUGAAGUGCAGAGCUGAUGGGAGGCCCAGCCCUACAAUUUCCUGGAUUCUUGCAAACCAGACGGUGAUCUCUCAAUCAUCUGAGGGGAAGAGACAGGCCCUAGUGACAUCUGACGGAACACUGGUCAUCCACAAUCUCAGCAUUUAUGACCGAGGCUUUUAUAAAUGUGUGGCCAGCAACUCAGUGGGCCAGGAUGCACUGCUGGUUAAAAUACAAGUCAUCGCGGCCCCACCUGUUAUUCUAGAGCAAAAGAGGCAAGUUAUUGCAGGGACUUGGGGUGAAAGUUUGAAACUGCCCUGUACUGCAAAAGGCAAUCCUCAGCCCAGUGUUCACUGGGUCCUCUCAGAUGGCACUGAAGUGAAACCAUUACAAUUCGUCAACUCUAAGUUCUUAUUUUCAAAUGGAACUCUGUUUAUAAGAAAUGUAGCCUCUUCAGACAGGGGCACUUACGAAUGCAUUGCUACCAGCUCCACUGGCUCAGAGAGGAGGGUGGUAAUCAUCACAGUGGACGAACAAGAGACCAUCCCCAGGAUAGAAUCUGCAUCCCAGAAAUGGACUGAGGUGAAUCUGGGGGACAAACUACUGCUGAACUGCUCAGCCACUGGGGAGCCGAAACCGAAAAUCAUCUGGAGGCUACCAUCCAAGGCUGUCGUCGACCAGUGGCACAGAAUGGGCAGCCGAAUCCAUGUCUACCCAAAUGGAUCCUUGUUUGUUGGGUCAGUAACAGAAAAAGACGGCGGGGACUACUUGUGUGUGGCAAGAAACAAAAUGGGCGACGACCUGACCCUGAUGCACGUAAGCCUAAGAUGGAAACCGGCCAAAAUUGACCACAAGCACCACUUUAAAAAGCAAGUGUUUCACGGGAAAGACUUUCAGGUCGAUUGCAAGGCUUCUGGCUCACCAGUGCCCGAGAUAUCCUGGAGUUUGCCUGACGGGACGAUGAUAAACAGCGCCAUGCAGGCCGAUGACAGUGGCCACAGAACCAGAAGGCUCACCCUCUUCCACAACGGAACCUUAUACUUCAACAAAGUUGGGAUGGCAGAGGAAGGAAAUUACACCUGCUAUGCCCAGAACACCCUAGGGAAGGAUGAAAUGCAAGUCCACCUAACAGUCAUAACAGCCGCCCCGCGGAUCCAGCAGAGUUACAAGACCAACACGAGAAUCACAGCAGGAGACACAGCUGUCCUUGACUGUGAGGUUGUUGGAGAACCCAAGCCAAAAAUAUUUUGGCUGCUGCCUUCCAAUGACAUGAUUUCAUUCUCUAAGGACAGGUAUACAUUCCAUAACAAUGGGUCUUUGUCCAUCAAUGAAGUGAGACUGCUCGAUUCUGGAGAAUAUGUAUGUGUGGCCCGGAAUCCCAGCGGGGAUGACACCAAAGCGUACAAGCUGGAUGUUGUCUCUAAGCCUCCAUUAAUCAAUGGUCUGUAUGUAAACAAAACUGUCAUUAAAGCCACAGCUGUGAGACAUUCCAAAAGACACUUUGACUGCAGAGCAGAAGGGACACCGUCUCCUCAAAUCAUGUGGAUCAUGCCCGAGAAUAUUUUCCUCACGGCUCCAUACUAUGGGAGCAGAAUCACCAUCCACAAAAAUGGAACCCUGGAAAUCAGGAAUGUGAGGCUUUCAGACUCGGCUGAUUUCAUCUGCGUGGCUCGGAAUGAAGGAGGAGAGAGUGUGCUAGUGAUACAGUUAGAGGUGGUGGAAAUGCUGAGAAGGCCGACGUUCAGAAAUCCAUUUAAUGAAAAAAUAGUUGCCCAGCUUGGAAAGUCCACAGCACUGAAUUGCUCUGUUGAUGGAAACCCACCACCUGAAAUAAUCUGGAUUUUACCAAAUGGCACACAGUUUCCCAGUGGACCACACAGUUCUCAGUAUCUAAUAGCAAGUAACGGUUCUUUUAUCAUUUAUAAAACAACACGGGAUGAUGCAGGAAAAUAUCGGUGUGGGGCAAGAAAUAAAGUUGGUUACAUUGAGAAAUUAAUUGUAUUAGAAAUUGGCCGAAAGCCAGUGAUUCUAACUUAUGAACCAGGGACAGUUUACAGUUUCAGUGGAGACACUGUAUUGCUGCACUGCGUCUCUCUUGGAAGCCCUAAGCCACAUAUCAAAUGGACUUUGCCAAGUGGUUACAUAAUAGAUAGGCCUCAAAUUAAUGGAAAAUACAUAUUGCAUGAAAAUGGCACCUUAGUCAUCAAAGAAGCAACAGCUUAUGACAGAGGAAACUACAUCUGUAAGGCUCAAAAUAGUAUUGGUCACGCACUGAUUACUGUUCCAGUAAUGGUUGUAGCCUACCCUCCCCGGAUUACAAAUCGCCUACCCAGGAGCGUCCUCACGAGGACAGGUGUGGCCAUUCAGCUCCACUGUAAGGCCCUGGGAAUCCCCAAGCCAGAAAUCACAUGGGAGAUGCCUGACCACUCCCUGUUCUCAGCAGCAAACAAAGGGAGGACACGUAGAACUCGGCCUUUUCACCCACAAGGUACCCUAGUCAUUCGGAAUCCACAAACCUCGGAUUCUGGGAUAUACAAAUGCACAGCAAAGAAUUCACUUGGAAGCGAUUAUGCAACAACUUACAUUCAAGUAAUCUAACAGAACAUAAAACUGCCUGAACAAAGUCAACAUCUGGACAGAAUUUAGUUUUUGGAAGAAGUUUAAUCAAAGGCAGCCAUAGGCAUGUAAAUGAAUUUGAAUACAUUUACAAUAUUAAAUUUAUAAUAGACAUGCAAAAAAAAAGGACUUAUAAAUAAAUGCAUUAUGAAUUGAUACUGAGUUUUUUUUUAAUGGAUCUCAAAACAAACUUUUAACUUAAGGCACUUUUAUUUUGCCAACAGAUAACAAUGAACAAUAAGAGGAAACUCUUGACCAUAAAAUAACAAAUGUCUAAUGUACCUGAAUUCUUCAUUAAAGAAUGGACUUUUUUUUCUUUCACUACUGUUUGCCUAGUGUCCACCUUCUAUCAAUGUUACAAGCAUGGCACUGAGGACAAGACACAAUGGAAAGGAUUAAAUUUGCAGUCUUGAUGUUAAGUUUGCCAUCCUGAUGUAUAAAUAUUGCAGUUGGUUUAUAAAUAUUUUACUAAAACCCACAGAAACUAAGCACUGUUCUAUAAUUCACCAUUUUGUACAUACUGAAAAUUUUCAUUGAUGGGGAAUACAAAAAAAUGUUUUAAUAACUGCAUUUAAAAAUAAAUGCAGGCUGACUUU